AUGACAAUCCCAGCAUUUGAGGAGAAACAACCGGACACCCAAAUAAACGAUGGCCUCCCACAAGGUGCACCAACGUCGCUCGAAGGCGGUCUAUACAGGCCUUCAUCUGGCGGAUUUCCUUCGGACGAUUCAGCGCAUAGUGUCCCAGUGACUGUCGGAACGACUGAUGCCGAUGGCAACACCUAUCCUGAAGGUGGACUAGAAGCCUGGCUGGUAGUCUUUGGGAGCUUCAUGGGCCUCGUUGGCUCUCUUGGUCUAGUGAAUACCAUCGGUACUUUACAGGCAUACAUUGAGAGCCACCAACUGAAGGACUACAGCUCUGGCAGCAUCGGGUGGAUCUUUGGCGUCUACGCAUUCCUGACCUUCUUCUGCGGCAUCCAAAUCGGUCCUAUCUUCGAUGCUAAAGGACCUCGCUUUCUUGUCUGCGCCGGAGCUGUGCUGAUCAUGGCGAUGAUGAUCGCCUUGGGGUUUUGCACACAGUACUGGCACUUCAUGCUAGUAAUAGGUGUUGCAGGGGGUAUCGGAGCCUCGUUGCUGUUUACACCAGCAAUUUCUGCCAUCGGACACUUUUUCAACGAGAAGCGCGGAAUCGCGACGGGCAUCGCCGCAACGGGUGGCUCCGUUGGUGGCGUCAUUUUCCCCCUGGCACUGGAAGCUCUAUUCCCCAAAAUAGGGUGGGCAUGGGCAACUCGAGUCAUUGCUCUCAUUUGUCUCAUCACGCUGCUAGCAGCAUGCCUGCUCAUCAAAUCCCGGUUGCCCAAAAAACCGGCUUCGAAAGAAAACGUUCUUCCCGACUUCCGUAUCUUUCGGGAUCCUGUAUUCACUCUCACAACCCUGGGGAUCUUCUUUAUCGAAUGGGGUCUUUUCGUCCCACUCAGUUAUAUCUCCUCCUACGCACUGGAUAAUGGCGUCUCGACCAAACUGUCGUACCAGAUGCUCGCGAUCUUGAACGCUGGUUCGUUCUUCGGACGAGGUAUUCCUGGCUUUGUUGCUGAUUAUCUGGGCCGCUUCAAUACACUCAUCGUCACCGUUGCCUUGUGUCUUGUAUGCAACGCAUGCCUCUGGCUUCCAGCGAGCAACAGUGUCCCGGUUAUGAUUGUGUACUGUGUCAUUUUUGGAUUCGCAAGUGGCAGUAACAUCAGUCUUACGCCAGUCUGUAUCUCUCAGCUCUGCAAGAUUGAGAAUUACGGCAGAUACUAUGCCACAGCGUACACGAUCGUCAGUUUUGGAACCCUUACUGGCAUGCCUAUCGCUGGUGUGAUUCUUUCCCGGUGCAAUGGGAAGUACUGGGGUCUCAUCACCUUCACAAUCUGCUGCUAUGCCCUCGGUCUUGUUUGCGUUACUGCAGCCAAGUUGGUCCGUGUCGGCUGGCGCCAGGCUUUCGUGAUCUACUAA